AUGCCGGCAGAUGGUGAAUCAUCGAGAUAUCACCUCCGUGGACCUGUCAAACCACCCUCACGUUACGCAGAUUCUGGCGAUGAAGGUCAAGAAAUUAUACGUAUGCCAGUUUCAAAACCGAAAAGUAAACGUCUUUCACCGUUAAAACGCGGUGGAAAAGUGUUGAAGGCAGAGAGUGAUACUGAUAGUAAUGUUUCUAGUGGCACUAAUAAUCGACUGUCCGCAAAAUCAUCCGAGAGUCCCAAGAAGGCGAUGAACAAUGGUGCUCAAAGGGAUAUCUCACGAGAAAAUGCAACACCGCGCACUGCACGUCCUCAACCGUCUGAAAUAUCGCCAACAAUGAGGGAAAAUUUACGACAUUUGAAAAAUGUUUUAAAGUUACCUAAAGCUCGUAGGUGGGUUUAUUGCGAAUUUUUUUAUUCCGGUGUUGACCAGCAACUUUUCUCGGGAGAUAAUGAAUUUGUGCAGUUGCUUCAUGAAAUGUUUCCGAAUUUACGUACUCUCAAACUUUGUCGACCGGAAUGGAGAGCUAUCAGGAGACUAAUAGGAAAGCCGAGGAGAUGUUCAGAAGCUUUCCUAAAUGAAGAGCGUGAGGCGCUGGAGACAAAAAGAGCUAGAAUCCGUCAGAUUUAUGAUGGAAGCUUGAUGAAUAUUCCGCCUGGAUGCGAACUACCAUUACGACUACCUCCUCCUUUGAUAAUCGGAGCCAAAAUCUAUGCGCGUGUACGGACUCCCAAAGAUGGUAUUUAUGCUGGCACAAUUGAUGCCAUACUGCCAGCUUCAUAUCGAGUGGUCUUUGAUAAGGAGGAAAUGAUACCACCAAUGAUUAUCAAGGAUUCGGAAGUUAUGUCCGCUCAAACGAUUGAGUUACUAUCAAUUAAUUACUUUCUGGAACAGAAUCGUUCUGCUAUCCCACCCUCACUGAUCAGAUUCGGCCACGCAGGCGUCCUUCCAAAGUUCACUGAUGCAUCUUCCAGUCGUUCUCCUUCAGGGAUAGAUUCUAUUCGAAAACCAAGUAGAAUUCGAGAUGAAAAAGUCGGAAAUUUCCCUGUUCGAAUGCUCGUUAUCCUUGUAAAGUUGAGCAAACUAAUCGAGGUGAAACGAACUUUGGUUAAAUCAUUAACUGAGCUAAAUAUGGAGGCUGAAAAGAUGAAUAUGAUAACUGAUUCUUAUCCAGUCGCUUUCCAGAGGAGGUACGCUCAGGUUGUGAUUGAUAUUGAGACAGUUAACAGGCAGCUGCAAUCGUACUUAAACGCGGUAAAUGAAUAUUGCAAUCAGUUGUUGCCACAGUUGAGUGAAUUUUUAUUAACUUCACGACCAGAAGCUCUAAGAAAAAUGUGUCAAACUCAUUCAGUACAAAUCGUCAAACACUGUAACAACGGCUUGAAUGUGCAAAAUAAGCAUGCACUAGAUCUGGUUACCUCACUUACAGCACUGCUGUUACAGAUUCGAGCACUGGGACAACAGAGCUGUACACCACUCGAUUUGCAUACUUUAUCGGAAUCGUUGAACGAAAUUCGGAAACAAAUCGACCCGUCGAAUGUAGCUGCCUUUCAAGAUUUCGUGGAGGUACACAUGAAACAGAUCCACAACAUGAUGUUAAAUAUUGGGAAUGUGUGCUAA